AAGGAUUCGCAAAGCAGAGGUCAGUUUCCAGCUAUUCGUUAGUAGUGAGUGUUAAUUCUCUGCAAGGACGCGUCACGUGGCUCAGCAGCUGCUGUAACCAAGGGACUCAACACAUCCAUUACUUUCUGACCUGACAUACCAAAACAUUCAAACAUUUUAAGUUAGCAGGCAACGCCCAGCGGUCUCCCCUUCCAGCGAGACUUGCCAUGCCUCCUGUUCAUUUGACAAUGAUUGGGCCUCGACUCUCGCUGCUUAUCACCGUAACGCUGCUACUGACGCCGCUGUGCCUCACCGAUCUGCCCCAUACACGUCACCAGAUACCCAAUGGAAGGAGUGUUAGUGACGAAGAGGUGGCAAUCACCUCGACUAUAUAUGAGGAAGGCGAUGGUGGUGAAGGUAAUGGUGCUAACGGUGACGGCCAUGAGCAAGAUGGAAUCCUAAGGGCGACUGCAAGGGCUAUCUGGGGAACACUUCGUCCUUAUGUUGUCGCUGAAGGCAUCGACAGCUUUGCAGAACGUUUGGUCUCACUCAAGUCUCGGCUGCUGAAGGAGGUGGAAGAUGAGGUCACUGCUUACACCAACGUCACCGUCUUCACGUGGCCAGACGAUGACUUUGGACCAGAGCAUCAAACCGAGGAAGUCAAGGCGGCCACGAGUGCGGGAGCCGGCGAGAACGACGACAGUUACUACAGUGGGAACGACAUGAUGAGAACGAAAAGGGAGCAUCCAGUCCAUCAUCCUUUUAUUCGUGACCCGUUCGGCGUGGCAAUGCUGGACGAAGUGGAUACACUGUUGUCGCUGGAGACGGAGCCGACACUAGGCGUCUAUAUGACUCAGUGGCAUGGGCGUCUCAUUGUUGCUGGCAUGGGUGUGAGGAAGAUCGUCACUCUGUACGCCGUCACGCAGCGGCCAUACAAGGUGGAGUCGACGCCUCCCUUUCCAGGCGUGCACUCCUGCAGGUUCACGGUGGUGCCUGAAGACAUACUGCUGGUGGCCUGCAUCUCGCCCGUUAGAAGGAAAGUGCAACACCUUGGUAUCCAUGAGGAACUAGUGCCUGAGGUGACUGUGUACCAGGUGGAGGAGGAAGCUUAUGGCUCCGGGAAACUAUCCACCAAGCAUCUGCAGAGCAUUGAGGUGGAUGAACCUGUGGACUUGGAGAUGUGGAGUCGGGACGGCGAACAUUACCUCCUAAUAGCCAACUCGAAGGAGGUCAAUGUGGAAUACAGCCCAUCUGGGGAGGUGCUGGCCCACAGAACCAACUAUCAUUCCGUUUCGUAUCUCUACAAGUGGAAGGAACACUACUUCGACGCCUUGCAGCACCGCGUCCUGCCAGGCAGCUACCCAAGGACUGUCACACAUUUCACCAUCGGGAGCAGGCACUUCGUCGCCAUGGCCAACUACAGAAACAACAAAGGGCAGCGCAACAUCGAUAGCUUCAUCUUCCACUACUCCUUAGAAGAGGACCAUCUCGUUCUCUUCCAGCAGCUGCCCACCAGAGGCGCCCUCCACAUCGCUAGCUUUACUUUGGGACACAGCCACUUCGCUGACACUUUCCUCGCAGUGGCCAACAGUUGUGAGGACGAAGAUGGAGGAAGCUGUAAUCCUCACACGAACUCUGCCAUCUAUCAGUUCACCGGCAAGAAGUUUGUGCUGUUUCAAGAAGUGCCGACCUUGCUCGCCGUACAGUGGCUGGCCGUGCAAGUGGAGGGCACGGUGCUCCUGGCGGUAGCGCAAAUGGUGGCUGGCGUGAAGCUGUUCCAGUAUGACGGUUGGAGGUUCGUUGCCACCAAAAUACAACACUAUGAGGGUUCCUUUGGCCCAGGAGCUACGGGUCUAGCAGCGGCACACUGGAACGGUACUGUCGUACUUGCCGUGUCUAGCCUGGAACACCAAGACUCGCUGUUCCACUCCCUUGACGUAUUCAGACUCACCUUCAGGAAAAACACUCGGCUAAAGGCAGUUCAUAGCGACUAUGAGGCGUGGUGUGUAGCGGCCUUGCGCGAAGCCAAGCAGACGGAACUGGUGGCCUCGCUGGUGAGCGGGAUACAAGCGGCUACCAAUCAGACUUACGUUUUCACUAGUCACGUCACCAUCAAGGGGUCUUUAACCGCCGGCCUGGGCAGCUUCGUUACCCAGACGUUUGAGAGGACGACGAGCAGGCACUUGCCAGUCUUGACCGGCGGCAUUACCCAGUUGCUGCUGACUUUAGGGAGUAAAGUGCAGCAAGCGGUGGUUAGAAUUUCCAAUGCAGUCAGCCUCUCCGAUCCUAUCUCUUGGCCAGGUGACCUUCAUCUAUAUGACUUGUCUGCUGGCUCGGCUUCAGCGGAACGUUUGUAUGUGCAUGAUGUCAAUCAGCGGGUGGUGUCGUGGAGGGACGCUGUCAUGCUGGAGGGAAUCGAUCUGCAGUAUAUGGCACGACUCCGUCUGGAUCAUGUGGAGAUUAAGGCUGUGACGCAGAUAGCAAACCUGAAGGGUCAGCCCUUUUCCUCGUUCGUGACCCUUAGUGGCCACCAUACCAUUUUUGGUCAUGUGAGCUUCAGUGCUGCAAUCCGUGUCGCUAGCCUGAUCGCCGUCACUGUGGACAAAGUCGUGAUCACUCCACAAUAUGUUCUUAUCGCUGAUGAUUCGCAAUACUUAAAUGGGUCACUCACCUGCCAGUAUCUGAAUGCUGUUUCCCUGGAGGUGGUCACCAUCAAUGGCGUUCCACUUUCGCCACUCCUCUCCUCUCUAGUCUUGAAGGACGCCCGUUCCGCUGUAAAUGGUCUUGUGAGGGUGAUGGGCAACCUGGCGUACCAUGGGAACCUGCAGGUCAACCUCAGCUUGCCUCUCGAUCUGAAAAACGUCAUUAAAGUUGAUUAUGCAGGAUUGCAGGUUGUCACAGGUGGCCACCAGGUGGGCGAGCUUGCAGCUCCGUCCAUGGCGAUAGAAGGACGUCUCAACAAUAUGCGGGUUCCCGCCGAGGUGUUUCUAAAUGGCAGCCAUCACUCGUACAUUGUAGUGUCAGCUGCUUUCAGCCACGUGCGGGCCAUCUCUGUCUUCAUUUUCCAGAAGCUCCACAAUCUCACGGUGACCGAAGGUCGCUUGGACGUACUGUUGCUCUCGGGAUAUCAGAUAGUGACGGCACCAAAGACCUUUACUUCACUUCAGCUUUUGGAGCAAAACGCUCCUAACUAUAGGAGUGCUAGCAUUCGCCGUCGGCGUUGGUCGAGUGAGAACUGUGAGUUACCGAGGAAUCGAAGGCCAAAAACAUUGACUGCCCGCAUAGAAACGCUUUUUUUGGUCCUAAGAGGAGUGGCAGCAGCCCAGGAUCUCUUGAUCUUUCUGACUGAGAUACAACCAGGACAAUUUCUGGUUCCUGGACAGAAUCUGAACUUUUUCAAUUUACUGAUGCAAAAUGUUGACUGUGCUAUUUUGUACCUCGAGAACAACGGUAAUCUAAAACUCCAUGAAACUUUGGAUGCAAUAAAGUGGCACAAUACGACCGUCUUCAUACAGAAUGAAUUACCCACCGAUAAUAUGACAGAAAUGAUAGGUAACAUCCAAAGUUACUUGGUUCAGGAAAAGUUGGAACUAAAAAAAGUUACUUUGAAUGCCGAUGACUUGCUUCUUAUAAACAACUUAAAGAAAGUUGACUCGACGAGACGUGAUCUGCUCAUUCUAGACUAUUUGAUUGAUAUUACAAGCAACCAUGAGUUGGAGAACCUUCCUUCUGAAAUAUUCCAUCGUAAUUGUUUGCUGUUUUGUCCUGCAUUCCAUGAGAAUAUUCGAGAUAGGAAAAAAAUGCAGAUGAGUUGUAUCCCAGAAAUUUUGACAGUUUUUAAAGCCAUGAAAACCAUCUCAAAGUAUUCGGCGAUCAUUACAGAAAUGAAGCAGCUAUCGGCACACAGUUACCAAAUACUCAAGGCAGGAGUUGUACGAUAUCUCCUUGGUCAGCUGCUUCGGUCGGUAUCGGAGAAGAAAGAGCUGAGAAAACAGGUGUACGCAGCAGUUGUCUGUAGAUUAUCGCCUGAAGGAAGUGAAGAAUAUCAGCAGAUGCUUAUAACUUAUCGAAGAGAAUUGCACCAAAAUACUUCCAGAUUCAUUCACUCGAGGAUCAAGAGGCAAGCAUCUGAAGCAGCUUAUGGAUUAACAGACCCUGAACCUCCCUCCACAUUGCCAGCUUCUAACAGUGAGGACACUUCCACCAUCCCACUUUCAUUUAAUGAAGACGCAAAUGAAAAUUCUUCCACCCUCCAAGAUUCAGUUAUUGAGAACACCAGUCAAGACUCUUCUACACUUUCGGCCUCCACCACGGAGGCCACCAGUGAAGACUCUCCCACACUCUCAGUCUCCGCCAGAAAGAACAUCGCCGCCAUCCCUGAGGACACCAGUCAAGACUCUUCCGCCUUCACGGUCUCCAUCAUUGACAAUAACAGUGAAGACUCCUCCGCCCUCCCACUCUCCGUCACUGAGGACACUAGUGAAGACUCCUCCACCCUCCAAGCCUCCGUCACUGAGGACACCAAUGAAGACUCCUCCACCCUUCCUACCUCCAUCACUGAGGACACCAUUGAAGACUCCUCCACCCUCCCAGCCUCCGUCACUGAUGAAACCAGUGGAGACUCCUCCAUCCUCCCAGCCUCCAUUACUGAUGAAACCAGUGGAGACUCCUCCAUCUUCCCAGCCUCCAUCACUGAGGACACCAGUGGGGACUCCUCCACUCCCCCAGCCUCCAUCACUGAGGACACCAGUGGAGACCCCUCCAUCUUCCCAGCCUCCAUCACUGAGGACACCAGUGGAGACUCCUUCACCCUCCCAGUCUCCGUCACUGAGGACACCAGUGGAGACUCCUCCACCUUCACAGCCUACGUCACUGAGGACACCAGUGGAGACUCCUCCAUCCUCCCAGCUUCCGUCACUGAAGACACCAGUGGAGACUCCUCCACCCUCUCAGCCUCCGUCACUGAGGACACCAGGGGAGACUCCUCCAUCCUCCCAGCUUCCGUCACUGAAGACACCAGUGGAGACUCCUCCACCCUCCCAGCCUCCGUCACUGAGGACACCAGUGGAGACUCCUCCAUCCUCCCAGCUUCCGUCACUGAAGACACCAGUGGAGAUUCCUCCACCCUCCCAGCCUCCGUCACUGAGGACACCAGUGGAGACUCCUCCAUCCUCCCAGCUUCCGUCACUGAGGGCACCAGUGGAGACUCCUCCAUCCUCCCAGCUUCCGUCACUGAAGACACCAGUGGAGAUUCCUCCACCCUCCCAGCCUCCGUCACUGAGGACACCAGUGGAGACUCCUCCACCCUCCCAGCCUCCGUCACUGAGGACACCAGUGGAGACUCCUCCAUCCUCCCAGCUUCCGUCACUGAGGGCACCAGUGGAGACUCCUCCACCUUCACAGCCUACGUCACUGAGGACACCAGUGGAGACUCCUCCAUCCUCCCAGCUUCCGUCACUGAGGGCACCAGUGGAGACUCCUCCACCUUCACAGCCUACGUCACUGAGGACACCAGUGGAGACUCCUCCAUCCUCCCAGCUUCCGUCACUGAGGACACCAGUGGAGACUCCUCCACCCUCCCAGCCUACGUCACUGAGGACACCAGUGGAGACUCCUCCAACCUCCUACACUCCGUCAUCGACAAUACCAGCGAAGGCUCCUCCACCCUCCUAGCCUCUUUCAUUGAGGACACCAGUGGAGACUCCUCCACCCUCCCACCCUCCGUCAUUGACAGCACUAACGAAGGCUCCUCCACCCUCCCAACCUCCGUCACUGAGGACACUAGUGGAGACUCCUCCACCAUCCCAUCCUCCGUCAUUGACAGUACCAGCGAAGGCUACUCCACUCUCCCAGCCUCCGUCACUGAGGACACCAGUGGAGACUCUUCCACCCUCCCAGCCUCCAUCACUGAGAACACCAGUGAAGACUCCUCCACCCUCCCAGCCUCCAUAACUGAGGACACUAGUGAAGACUCCUCCACCCUCCCAGCUUCCAUCACUGAGGACACCAGUGGAGACUCUUCCACCCUCCCAGCCUCCAUCACUGAGGACAGCAGUGAAAAUUCUUCCGUUACACCGUAUCGCAGGGAAGAUGCCAAUGAAGAUUCUUCCACCCACACAUUAUCCAUCGGUGAAAUCAAUACCGCUUUCGCUGCUGCCACCACUGAAUUUUUUUCCUCCAGUUUAGACUCUUCCACUUUCACUGGUUCCACCAAUGAAAUCUCUUUCAAUUUUUCAACUUUAGCCCCACUCUCUGUCUCUCCAUCCUCCAUGUACGGUGAUAGUGUGUUUCUUUCUGCUCGCGCUGGGUUAUUAUCGGAACUCCGAGAACUUGAGACAACCGUGGCUGUGGACUCCGAUAAGACCACUCAGAUUUUAGGAUUCCAAACAACUGAUGAGAAAACAACACCAGAAGACCAUGUAACUGAUAGUAUCUUAAGACUUUCAACGACAGGAAAUGCACAAAUCACCGGCAUUUUUGCAGACAUUUUAGGACUGAGAACAACGGAAGGGACCUCAGAAUCUAUGGAUAGCGUGACCGUGGACUUAAAAGGAACCAUUGAUUUAACUGCAAUCUCAGGAUCCCAGACUGUUGGGAUAACUGGCAAUGAGAUUGCAGAUCCAGAAACGAUACCUGAAGCAGAAAAGCCGAAUUUUACAACGGACAUAACCAAAACCAGUACUACAACAGUAACGGAUGUCACAGAGGACUCUUCACCAAACACGAUGACCGAAAAAGCCACAGAAUCAAGUGUAGUUACGGACAAGGACAUAACAAAUCCCUUUACCAUUGUGAACAACAACAUGGAGGUGAAUCUCUCCCAGACUGAUGCUGAUGCAAUCCUUGUACCUUUGAAAGUGUCUCUAAACUACGAAAACUGCAGUACCCUUCCUCCAAACCUACUGCAGGACUCAAAUCGUCUCAUGUAUCUUUAUCGACGCAUGCAAAUGACCGAUGACUAUUUUUCCACUGUAGUCCGACUCCUGCCUGAGCUAAAAGUUCCCAAAGAACCCUCCCAGUAUGACGUUGGUGUAGAAGGCGCUAUGUUAGAUGCGUUUGGAUUUUUAAUCGAUACAGUCAAGAAAUUUGUACUUGAUCCCAUCGGCUUUCUAGGUGAGUUAGACAUAGAGAGACUCCAGAAAGAUUUGGAUUUUUUCUUUUUUGUGUCGAGUUUUGCCACAUCCUCACAGUACUACUACUGGUCUGAAAGAUUGCGAUAUAGAGAUCUGUAUUUAAAAACUUUGUUGGAAUUCAGUGGAAUAAUCACCAGAAGACUCCUGAAUUGCUUUGAGACAUUUUAUCCAGAAUUUUCUACCUCAGGCUACGAAACUACAUCACAUCCUUUUGCUUACUCUGAUGACAUGCCUGAGAUUGUGAAGAAUAUGAGUGAGGAAUUUAAAACCAACAGUGCCUUGAUAAAGAAUUUGAUGAUCCUGUUGAACUUCACCAAAAACGUUGUGGCGCUCAACCCAUAUCUGAAUAAGAGGUGUCCGGCGCCGCACGCCAUCGAUCCCGAGGGUGUGGCCAUCGCGAUAGAGGAAGUGAGAGAGACACUGGGCUUUAUUUUGGAGGACGAACUUAUGUUUAGUAAAGUCGUCAAUACCAGUUUUUUAGAAAACCAGGUCCUGAUUCUUAAAGAUAACACGCAAAUGUGCUUGAUGGCGAGUCACCUACCUCAGGAGGUAGAGGCUUCUUUGAGUCAGAUCUAUGAAGAGAAUGGCUCUGUAUUGGCAGAAGACGCUCAAAAACUUUUGAAUAUUCGUAUAAAACACCUACAGCGGAUCAACCUCGCCCUGGUAGACACUAUUGUCGAUAUUGCUGAUCAUCGUGCCAUAGAUAGUGAACUAUCUCCUCCUGAACCUAUCAGUGCUAUCCCUGACUCACAGACUCAAUGGAACUGGGAUGGUUUAUGGUUGGAUGGUCGCCUGGCAGGUUACCUCCUCUCUCAGUUGUUUGAUGAGGCUGGUCUACUUCUCUCUGCAUCGCCUCAUAAGGAGUACACUGCCAACUUCUACCCUGCGCCACUCAGCCAUGUAAACUUCAUAGAGGCACACAAGGACAAGGUGCGACACCUCAGAUUCCUUUCCGGGCUGAGUGCUCCCACGGUGCAGGGGAUGGGAAUGGCACAAAUACAGCGGCACGGGUUGGCUCUCACUGCCACCACAAACAUCGUUCUCACCUUCGUCGCUUCUGUCACCGUGGAUGGGCCGGUAACAGUGUCCCGUGUGAACGGGAUCCACGCGUCUUCCUUCAUCACGUUGGGUGGACAUCACACACUGCAACAACCCUUCAUCUUUAUGGGUUCCAUCACGGCUGCGGCACGAGUGAGAGUACAUAACGAGAUCAACGGCCUUGACUUGGUACUCUUAAGUAAUAGCGUGGUGUUGACGUCCUCUGUGACGCGCCAAGUCUUGCGGCAGCCCAUCAUUUUUACACAAGUGUCCGCUCAAAGGGUGGUGUUUGAGACAGGCAGAGUGCAGGAAGUGGACUUGGAUGAUUUGGUAACGCUCGGCCACCCUGCCAUCAUCACAGGAAGGAAGACUUUCCAGGAAUUGAUUGUGAGGGAGAAUGGAACUGUGGCCGGUGCCGUUGACGCUCGCUAUGUCGGCGGCAUCAACGUCACCGAUCUCUUCUACAAUUCCCUCAUCAAGAACCCAGGUGGCCUGCAGGUGGUGGCGGGGAGGCUGCACCUGCGCCACCUUGUUGUGCUGAAUGACGUCACCACUCACGGUAUUGUCUGCCUGGAUUGGCAUGGCGUUCCUGGCGUCUUGGAUCUCAACAGCAUUGCAAGUCGCGUGGUGCUCCUGAACGGCUCUGCUAGCAUCACCGCAGAUCUAGUCAUUACGGGCAGCGUGUACGUCACUGGCUUGUUCUUUCGAGACACGUUGGACGGGGUGUCGGUGGCGCUGUACCGAGACGGGUGGAUACUUAGGGACACCGAUCAGAGCAUCCAUGGCAAUGUGUCCUUCGACAACAUUAUCUCUCACAGUGUUAUCAUCUCGCAGGGAAUUAAGGUGCAGGAUGUUGACGUGACUCGCUUGUAUCUCAAAACCUUCCUGACGACGUGGCCCAGCACUCUUCCCUUGCCCCUCACAUUCCGCGGGCAUGUGAAUGCAGCGCGGGUGGAAGUCAGGGGACUGGUGCAGGGAUGGGAUCUCUCCAAGCACGCUCUGCUUCAGCAUUCCUCUAGCACAGUUUUUACCGCCGCCAAGGUCUUCCUGGGUGACGUGCUUAUCGCUGGAAACCUCACCUCCACAAACCCUGGUGACGACUGCACCUACUUUCCCUUUCUAAACCUGACGGUUAUAGGCACGGUGGUGGUGGAAAAUAUUUUUCCAACUGCCUCUGUAUUUCUGCCAGAUCACGAGAUCACGACCAAGACCGCCACGCAGUAUUGGCUAGCGGACACGGACACGAAAGUGUCGAUAGAGAUAUUCUUUGACGUAAUUGUUUUGUCGCAUCUUAAUGCGAUCGUGACGUGGAACAACUUGGAGAUGAAGGACUUCAGCAAGAGCUUGUUUGAGAAACGAUGCGACGUAGUGCAGGCGCUGGCGGGCUUUUAUUCCUUCAGUGAUCUGGAGAUUGAAGAAAGUCUCUACACGCCAGCCAUCAACAGUUCGUCCCUGAACGGCGUGGUAAGCAGCAACCUGCGGCAUGUGUUAAUGGCAGACGGCGCACAGGUGUUCACCGGUCAUCCCAGUAUCAACAACCUUCGUGCUCACGGGAGUGGUACUGUGGUCACAUCUGAAGGAGUUAAUGGUCUGCUGAUGUCCCAUAUGUGUCGCCAUGCAGAGCCUUGCAUCGUACACGCCCCUAAAACUUUGGUGCAAGACUUUGAAAUCAUGGAGGACUUGACUCUACCAAAAAACAGUCUCGUUCAGGGCGUUGAUGUGUCGCGUUCUCUGCAUGCAUGGGUGUCGAGAAAUUUGUGUGGCUUCAUACCCGGGCUCACCACUUUCACCGGUCCCUUCAUCGUGGACAAUGCUGACUACAACAUCAGAGUGCGUGGCCUGGUGGACGGGGUCAAAGUCACUACCAGCCAUGUCAUGACCCUUAUCGGAACACAGUCGAUGAGCGGCAAGCUCGUCAUCCACCAAGGAAUUAGCGUUGUGAGCCACGAGAUAACUACUUUGGACGGCCUCUUCAAUGGUCACAACCUGACGGACGCAAGGCAAAGGGCUUUUCUCCUUGGGGAUCCUGCGCUGCCUGUAGUGGUGCGGGCGCCUGUCAUCUUCAAGGACCUAGUGGUGUUCCGGGAUGCUGCCAGACUCAAUCCCUCUGAUCCCACACCAGUUCCGAUCUUCAGAGACUUCAAAUCCUUCUUUUUCGAUUUUUCCCUUCUCCACAAUCUCAGCGUGCGGAGUCAACGGGCCAUGCAAGGCCGCGUGCGGCAGUACUGGGGGUGGCGCGUUGUGCAGGAAUUCGACAGUAACCAUGAAAGACUGAUUCCUCUCAGUCUUGAGGGGAUAUCAGGCCCUGUCAGUACAACGCUUCUCCCGCAGCACCACCACCUAGCGCUUGUCUCCAGUCAGGGCAACGUCCCCGUCCUGCAGCGGGAGCCAGAUGUCGACCGCUACACAGGCUCCGAUGUGACCCUAGCAAGCAGGUGCACUACUGGGCUGGUGAGCUACAUCUCGGAAGGCAGGACCUUUAUAGUGACGAGCCACGCCUGUCUCGAGCACAUCACCGCACCUGUUUACUACGCCGCCUCAGUCCACGCCACCAUCUCUGAGAGUGUGGGGACUGACGAUGACUUGCAUGUGUGGGAGGUGACGCCGCAGGGAGCCCUGCUGAGAGGUGCCUUCAGUGUGCCUGGCGCCUUGGACAUCCAGGUGGUGUGGCUGGAGCAAGCCUCGAGUACGUGCCUUGUGGUGGUGGAGGCGCGAGGCACGGACGUGUUGGUGGUGUGCGAGCGCCAGGCUGGCAUGUUCGUGGAGCACCAGCGACUGAACUUCACGCGACCCAGCAAGGUGUCCGUGGUGCAACACACGCCUCCCGUUGGCAGAAAACACCUGGCCCUCGCCGUGGCGGAUCCAGGCAGGACGGCUCUCAAGGGUGGCGGCAUCUACUUCUUCCAUUAUGACGUGAAGAGUGGCGAGUUUCUUCUAAUACAGGAAGAACUGCUAGAGGAUGUGGUGUGGGUUGAGUUUGUAUCCCGUGGCCCCGACCUCUUGCUGGCGGCAGUGACAGAGGACAGGCUAGGGGUGCGGGAGGGGCACGUGUGUCUCUACAAGGUUGACUGGUACAAUCCGGACGGCCUCACUCCCCUGGGCCACCGCGGCCCUCUCGUUAAGAGUGAAAUCCCUUCGCCGAGAGUGUCCGGACUGCAGCACACUCCUCAGCUGUUCGCCGUGCAGGAGCUGGAACUGGAGGAUCCCAGUGAGGCCAGGUUCCUUAUCACUCCCUCUGGGGGCCUCCAUCUGUACGUGGUCGGCCACAGCGGACUCAUCACUUGGUUCUCCCAAGAAGGCAUUCACAGAUUCAGGAAGGAGGGUGAGGUGCGCGUAGCGAACGGAAUGACGCUGGAGGUGUGGGCCAUGAAAGGCAAGGAGUGGACACCGAGGAUAUCAGUCGCGGGUGGCAGAUGUCCUCGCGGCAGCCACCAGGCCCCCAAUCAGCCCACGUUUGUUUUAGAGAUGAUUUUCCGGGGCAGCCGCAACAUACCAGCUCAGUGAUGACGCCCAGGCGGCCACACCCGCCGCUCCAGUUGGCAGCGCUGGCGUCUUCCUUCACUACUUCGAUGGAAUUUUUUUUAUCGGUUUUGUCUUCAGUGACGCCAGGCAGCCAAACGCUAGAUACUGAAUGAUUAACACCGCACUCACUCGACGACUCCUGCUCAGGGACACCACUGACUCUUCAGCCCGAUCGGGAAAUCACCGAUCAAUGUCUGUCUGCGAGUGGCUGAUGAAAUAAAUGUAACACAAAUUA